AUGCACACCAACACCAUCGUCGUUUUCUUCUAUGUGGAUGACUUUGUGGCUCUCUUCCGCAACGGACAAGCAGCGGAUUUUCAAGCUUUUCACGAUAGCCUCAUCGAAGCCUACAACGUCAAGGUCCUUGGAGACCUACGUUGGUUCAUCGGCAUUGAGAAGUCGUAUAUUCAGAAGAUCGCCAGCAGAUUCGACUGUACGACGAAUUCAAAGCCGAUCAAGCAGCCGCUUGGCCUCGAACUCCUGGAACCAUUCAAUCAAGCAUCCCCGACCAACGACAUAGAGCUAUUUCAAGCUCUAAUUGGCUCCUUGAUCUAUGCGACGAUCAUCACCCGGCCUGACGCGGCAUUUGCAGCAUCAAGGCUAUCCCAAUUCCUUCAAAACCCAAGUCCUGUUCACAUUCAACAGGCAAAAAGGGUUAUUGAAUUCCUCUACAGAGACGUCAACAAAGUCAUCGAAUUCGACGGCCAAAACCACACGUGCGAAGCCAUGUCCGAUGCUUCGUUCGCUGACGACCACAGAGACCGGAAGAGCACCCAAGGAUAUGCUAUCAAGCUAUUCGGAGGCCCCGCCUCGAAGGAGCUUCUAGCGUUCCAUCGCCUUUGUAAAGAAAUCACCCUCGAUCUUGAAUCCAAAGACCCAGCCAUCCAGUGUGAUAAUCAACAGACCAUACGCCUUCUUACGCAAGAGAUGGUGACUUUGGUGACCAAGCUGCGCCACGUUGAUAUUCAUCACCAUUGGCUUCGUCAAGAGGUUCAGAACGGCAACCUACAGGUCGAUUGGAUGCCUACCGCGCACAUGGCUGCUGACGGUCUCACCAAAGCUCUACAGGGACAGAAAUUCGCUGAGUUUCAACGUCAAAUCGGGCUCGUGGACCUACCAUUGCAGAAUUAG